AUAACUGGUUAACUUUUUUCCUUUGCAGCCGAGCCAUCCCCUUUCUAUCUUGCUCUCUCCACCACCAAGCGAAGCAAUCCAAGCCUACCAGUGCUUGCUGCCAUCACAGAGAAUAACUGGGUAACAGCACAAGCUCAUGCCACCUUUUCUACUCUGCACCUCAUCCUCCCCAGUUCCGCCCCCACCUUCCCACCGUCCCCAGUACAAGAAGUCUACCUGCAGGCACCCACAAGAUCCCAUCUCCCUGAAAGCAGCAUGUUCACCUGGUGUCCAUUCAAUUACAAGUGCCAAUGACACCAUAGUCGGUGCUACUUCCAGCAUCAAUGAUCGCAGAAAUGACCUCGACCAAGACCACCUCAUCCUUUCCCUACUCCAGGAGUGCACGCGAGCCGGUCGGAUGCGCGAAGCUCGUGCCUUAUUUAAUGCAUUGCCCGACAAGACUCUCGUCUCAUGGACCAUCCUCAUGUCUGGCUACACACUCCACGGCCCUGCUAUCGAGGCCAUGUCUUUGUUCCGCCGCUUGCUCCAAUUACCGUCUGACGCUAGUCUGCAACCAGACCCUUUUGUUUUCUCUGUGGUGUUGCGUGCUUGUGCAUCGAUAGCACGUCUUGAUCUUGGCAGAGAAAUACACUGCUCCAUCUUGAAGUUGUGUUAUAUGGAGGACUUGUUUGUGGCCAAUGCUCUUGUGACAAUGUAUGCAAGCUGUGGAUCAGUUCAGUACUCGGCACGGAUCUUCUGGGGAAUCCAGCGGCCUGAUUUGGUUUCUUGGAGCUCCAUGUUGAGUGGAUAUGUGAAGAAUGGGCACGACAAGGAGGCUCUGAGGUUCUUCAGCGAGAUGGCUCAGGCUGGAGUCCAGUUCGAUGCCUUUGUUUUGUCUAUUGUUCUGAAAGCAUCUGCAAAUCUGGGCUGCAUCAAUUUUGGAAUUCAGAUCCACUCCUGCAUAGUAAAGAUGGGUUUCAAUUCUUGCUUGUUCUUGGAGAACUGUUUGAUGGAAUUCUAUGGGAGAACAGGAGAACUGGGCAUGAUGAGGCAGGUCUUUGAUAAGAUGUUCGAAAAGGAUUUGGUUUCUUGGAAUACUACCAUCACCAGCUACACUCACAAUCUCCAUGACGAAGAAGCCCUGAUGCUAUUUCGUGCACUCACUGCUCAAGGUUCAGAUUGUGAUGAAUUCACAUUAGGCAGCGCCCUUCAGGCUGUCGCCAGUAUGAAAGCUCUGAAUCAUGGUAAGAAAAUCCAUGGGUAUGUUAUCCGAGCUGGCUUUGAGUCAGAUAGCCAUGUCACCAGUGCUCUUCUUGAUAUGUACAUUAAAUGUAUUGAUCAUGAGACAUCAGAUUAUAGCAGUAAUAUGGUCCCUCUUAAGCUCUUCAGAUGCCUCCAGUCCAUGGGAACAGAAUUUGAUGAGUUCAUUAUGGCAAGCAUUCUGAAGUCUUGUGCUAUGCAAAAGGAUUUAGAAACAGGAAAGAUGAUCCAUGCUUGCAUUAUGAAACUUGAAAUAAAGUUGGAUGCAUAUGUGAUCAGCUCACUGAUUGAUAUGUAUGCCAAGUGUGGGAUUCUUGAGGCAUCUCUCACGGUGUUUGAAGGAACAAAGGACCGGGCCACGGUGCCAUGGUCUGCUAUCGUCGCUGCACACUGCUGGAAUGGUCGUUUUUUGGAAGCUCUCCAGCUCUUCAGGAAGAUGCAGCUAGAUCAUGUUAAAGAUAAUGAAUUCACUUAUACUUCUGCCCUUCUAGCUUGCACUGCUUUAGGAAGUCAUAGAAGUGGGAAAGAGAUCCACUGCCAUAUAAUCAGAAACAGUUACGAAUCAAAUGUUUCAGUUGUGAACACCCUCAUCAACCUUUACUCACGUUUAGGCCAACCCCAGCAGGCUUUGAAGUUGUGCUCGCCGAUUUUUGAACAUGAGAUCUCAUGGGGUUCAUUAAUCAAAGCCUUUGCUAAAGCAAAGGACUAUGAAAUAAUUCUUAAGCUGUUCCACAGAAUCCAACGUUCUAAUGGGCAACUUGAUCGUGCAUCAGCUUGUUUUGUUCUGAAUUCUUGUGGGAGUACGUUGUUACUCAAUGCGGGGAUCCAAGCCCAUACCUAUAUCACAAAGAGAGGACUAGUCUCUGACCCCUAUAUGAGCAAUGCUCUCAUCAAAAUGUACUCCAACUGUGGAAAUCUCGCACACGCCAUCAAUGUUUUUAACCAGAUGACCGAAAGGAAAUCUGCUUCCUGGACCUCAAUGAUCUCUGCUAAUGUGCACAAUGGGUGCCCAUCUGCAGCUCUUGAGCUCUUCAUGCUGAUGAUCAGGAAGGGGAAGAACCCAAAUUCCGACACGUUUGUUUCUGUUCUGAAGGCCUGUGCUCAAAUGGGACUAGUAGAUGAAGCAUUCCGUUUGUUCAUAUCCAUGACUGAAGUUUAUAAGAUCAACCCAUCAGCUGAACACUAUUGCUGCAUGGUCGAGGUCUUGAGCCAAGUCGGAAUGCUCAGAGAAGCAGAGCACUUCAUAGAAAGUGUCAUUCCCUUUAAACCUGGUGCUCCAAUUUGGAAGGCUCUUCUUUCUUCGACUAUGGUACAUGAAAAUAUGAAGGUUGCAAAGCAUGCAGCAGAGAGGCUAGUAGAACUUGAACCAAGUGAUUUUAUAACUAAUGCACUGCUCCAGCAGGUCCUCCUAGCAUCAGGCAAGUGGGAGGAUGUUGCAAGGGUUAGAAAGAGGAGCUUGAAGACGUGCUCUAGUUGGAUUGAAAUAAGAGAAAAUGUGCAUGAGUUUGUGCCAGGCCAGAUGGUUACAAUGGAAAUAUCUGACAAAUUAGGUGAGGUGUCAAGGAUGAUGGAGGAAUUAGGUUAUGUUGCUGAUAAGAAACAUUGGCUGCACAAUGCAGAAGACUCCGAAGGAAAGAACACACAUCACACUGAACUCAUGGCCUUGGCUUAUGGGCUUGUUUCCUUACCACACAGGACACCAAUUCGAGUGUUUACAAAUGCAAGGAUGUGUGGUACAUGCCACUUAGCUUGCAAGUUUAUCUCAACAUUUGUGGAGCGAGAAGUGGUCAUCAAGGACACUUGCAAGUUCCACUGUUUCAAAGAUGGUAAAUGUAGCUGCAGCGACAGAUGGUAGAAAUGCAACAUUAAAACAUUCAAUUCAACUGUAUAUAAUCAAUCCUCAAGGAAGUUGUUUCAGAAGAAUCUGAGAAUCAGUAUACUAAAAUCUUUUAGAUGUUAAGAGCUGAAAAUUUAUAUCAAUGUCAAAUAUUUCAAGAUUUUUGAAGGAAGAAACAUAUGUUAAAGUCAAAACUGAAUAUCAGAAUGUGGUGAAGGCAAAAGAAACCAAAUCAAGAUGGUUCAAAGGUUUAAUGUCCAUGAAAUUAGCAUCACUGGACAACUUCAAGAUACUCUACAUUUCAUUAUACAUCCAACGAGGAAAUCGGCUUUCAGAGUGACAAUAAUCAAGGAGAAUGCCAUGCUAAGUUUUCUUGCAAUCUUGACUGUGUUGCUUGGGUCAAAUGUGACAGUUAUCUUCCUCAAGGAAGCCAUGGCCUUAAGAUUUAGGUGCUGUAUCACUUCUAUCUAGCUCAUAUCUUCAAAGGGAGAUGCAUUAACCAUGGUGGCUCCUUUUCUCUGACAUAGGUGGGUGCUGGUUGGUGGUAAUAGGCGAGAUGCACCACAAGACCCAUGGCUUGUGGGGUGUUUUGGGAAAAAAGUUCAUCUUUCAUGAUGCGUGCAAAUCUUGCAUACUGCUGGUAAUUAACACCCCCACUGGUUAUGAGUUGGGAACUAAUGUAGCUUUGAUAUUUCUUAGAAAAUUUUGCAAAAAACAAUGUCCUUUAUUCUCCUUUUUGCAGGUCUGGACCACUUUUAUUCUUUUUGCAGGAGUGGCUGAGUUUUGAAAUUUUUAAUCACUUUUGUCCCUGCCCCAUAGAUACAUUUCAAAUGUAUGUUUGACCAGAGUUUAAUGCACCUUUCUUUUUUUGCAGUCAAUGCACGUAUAAUUUUAUACUGAAUGCACAUAAUUGUUGAGUGCUACCUGCACUUCCUUUUACAUUGAGUGGUUGUAUCCAUAGGAGCAGGGACAAAAGUGUCCAGAAUUCUUGAAACAAGGCUAUAUCUGAAAAAGAAAGUGCCUCAGAUCUGCAACAAUGGAAAUAAAAUGGGCCAUUUAUGCAAAAAUCCCUAUUUUUUGUUGACAAGUGUGCUAGAUUUGUUUGCAUAUAUUAAUGCCUUGUAAUGAAAUCAAUAUUGGUAGAUUUGCUUUACAGCAUAUGAAAUAGACAUAGAUUCUGGCCAAA